AAUGCGAACGCUAACCUUCUUGUGCCUUCUCUCAUCAUGCUACUGUUGGGAACUUGGGUGGGAACAGUCAACUGGUGUAAAAGGAAAACUUCUUUGUAACCGUAAACCGGUCAAUGAUGCGAGAAUAUGGAUUUUUGAGAGGGAACCUUUGAACACAGUCCGACUCAUAAAUAAACAACCCGCCAAACCGGGUAAAUUUGGAAAAUUCAAAAUUGAAGGCACUGCUACAGAGGUAACCGAAAUCGAUCCAUACAUCAUGGUCAUACAUUGGUGCACUUGGAAUAAGGAACGAACUAAAUUCUGCAUAGACAUCCCAUCAAAGUAUAUAAACAAAGGCCGUAAAGUAAAGACAUACUACUAUCUGGCAUUGGAGCUCACCGAGGAGCGCGUUAUACAGAAAAAGUGCCCCUAAUUCACAGAUGAAUAAAGACUUUCUCAUUUUA